AUGGCUGUGGUGUUUGUGUACACAUUAAAUGAUUACGUGGAUAGUCCGGUUGUUAUCAACGUGGAACCAACUAUCUCAAAUGAGAACAGUGUAUUUCCAGCUGUAUCUUUGUUCCCGCAUUGCAAUGAAUUGUUUGAUAACAUUCAGUUCAAUGACCAACGUUACAACAACUGUAGUGAUUUAUUCAAGCGGCAGUUAGUCUAUGGCGAAGGCGUGUGCUUCACAGCCAACUCGAUAAACUUCUAUGAUUUGGAUUGGGACCAAUUGCCAUUAACUUACAAUAAACACCAAGGAAGCAGUAAAUUCACUUUUGACCUGUUUCAGAAAAAAGGAUAUGGAUUCCAUACAUCACAGGUAGAAAACGAUGUGGAUGUACGGGACUUAUCAAUUGAUGAGCGGCAAUGUCGAUUCGCAGACGAACGUUGGCCUCUGGAUGCAUCUCUUCCUUACAGUUUUUCCGCGUGCAUGAUCUAUACUCGUGUUCAAAUUGAGCUAGAGCGCUGCAAUUGCACAAUACACUUUGCACCGGUUGAAUACAAAAAUCAGUACUGCAAUUACGAACAGAUGAAAUGCAUUGAAACACUGAAUGGCAACACAUUAGAAUUUGACCAUCACCAUUAUGUCAAGCCGUGUCUUUCUGCCUGUAAAGAAAUACUCGUUGAUUUUGUCGGAAAGUGUAUAAAGAAAAAGGCAAGGAAAAAGGCCAUCAGUUACGUAGAUUCAACGACAGGAAUUUCGUCAGUGUUUAUUGAAGUAAAUAAUAAAAUGAAACAAUUGUCUCGUUCAGCGCGCGUUACAGACCUUGACUUGGUCAUCACCGUCGGUAGCAUCGUCGGUCUUUUUUUCGGUGCGUCGCUUCUCAGUUUAGUGGAAAUUAUUUAUCUUUGGAUUUUGCAUCGAUUUUGA